AUGCGCGGAGUCUUUGUUCCUGUAAUUGGCGCCUUGGCUGCCACAGCUACGGCCGCCAGUUCGAACACGACCUGUGCCGAAGGCCUGUACAUCCUCUGUGCCCGUGGUUCAGGCGAACCCGCCGUCGCACCAAAGGCAGGAACCUACCCUGACAAUACCGGUUCGCCCGGAGUACUUGCUCUUCAGGUCGCGCAGCAGAUCAAAGGCACCAUUAUCGCUGGCGUUAUCUACCCGGCAACCGAUCCCACGGCCACCGGGGCCCUCAAUUUGACUGCUUACGAAUUGUCAGAGAAUACGGGAGCAAAAUCUAUCGUGGAGGAGGUGAACCAGUACCAUUCAGCAUGCCCGGAUUCCAAAAUUGCACUCAUUGGCUACUCACAGGGCGCUCAAGUAAUCCAAGAUGCCCUCUGUGGCGGCACCGGCGGCGACUUUAACAGUGAUGCACCAUUGUCACCAGAUCUAGUGGAGAAGAACGUCAUCGCCAUCGCCCUCAUCGCCGACCCAACACACAUUGCCAACACGACGUACGAUCAUGGGACAGGCGUUCAUGACGGUGUCUUCCCACGGAAGAAUACCACUGUGUGUAACCAGUACAGCGGCCUCAUGGGAUCAUGGUGCGGCAGGGGCGAUCGCUACUGUGAUUCAGGCAACAACGACACGAUACACAAUCUCGCACCAUUAACAUACGAUACCGAUGUAGUACAGUUCGUGGUGGAGAAGUGGCAGAAUUCGACAUCGCAAGGUGGUUCAGGAUCGACCGCGAUCGGGACUGCCAGCUCCUCUACCAUGGCAGGAUCUACAGGGUCACCAACAAACACUGCGUCAGGUAGCGCCAACUCUGCUGCUGGGGCCCCUAGGAGUGGAAGAUUGUUAACCCUUCUGGGAACUGGAGUGCUGCUUGCCUUGUGGUCCCUUCAUUAA